UUAAGUUCUUUCAACGUCUCAAGCAACUUCUGCACGGAAGAGAAUGUCUCUGAGUGCAUUCUAUACAUCAAUCAGGAGUUGUCGUCCCUAUGCUUUCCACCAAUUUUCCAAAACUCUGACAACAUUCGUGAUCUGGAUGCUGUGGUUGCCCUAAACAACAUACAUGACUUGCUUCAGCUACACCGUCGAGCUGUUGGAAUGAUGGAGGAGCUGGAGGUGGAGCAGCUCAAGUCCAGCAGUGACCUCCACUACCAACAUCUCACCAACUCCAGGCUAAAGGACCAGCUUGAACUUUCGAAGAAGGAAAACAUGCGCUUGCACGAGCGAGAACGUCAGCUGGAAACAAGUUUAAAGACUUUGCAAAACUGCCUAAAAGAUGCAAAAGAAGACGUACAAAGGCUGCAGGGUAUCAUUGCAAGUCGUGCCACACAAUACAACCAUGACAUUAAGAGAAGAGAAAGGGAGCACAACAGAGUAAAGGAGCGCCUCAAUCAACUACUCAUUGCCAAAAAGGAAAAUAAACAAGUUUCCAUCCUCUGCAAUUACAAAGCCAUAGACAUGCCCGCGCAUCAAACAUACGGCGGUAGCUGGAAGUUUCUUACGUUCAUAGAUUUGGUCAUUCAGGCGGUGUUCUUUGGAGUGUGUGUCCUGACUGACCUCUCAAGCCUUUUGACAAAAGGCAGUGCCAGUAUGGAGCAAAAGAGACAGUUGAGGAAGCUGAUUAGCUUAAGAGACUGGAUGAUGGCUGUUCUGGCCUUUCCUGUUGGUGCGUUUGUGGUGACUAUGUUCUGGACGCUUUACGUGUAUGACAGAGAUUUGGUAUAUCCAAGACUCCUGGACAGCUUUAUACCUCAGUGGCUAAACCAUGGCAUGCACACAACAGUUCUUCCUUUUAUCAUAAUUGAGAUGAGAACAACACACCAUCGAUAUCCCAGCAGGACCUGUGGACUCUUCGCGGUGUGCAUGUUUGCUGUGGGAUAUGUUGUAUGGAUGUGCUGGGUGCACAGCAUGACGGGGGUGUGGGUUUAUCCCUUGCUGGAGCACAUCGGGCCCAUGGCCAGAAUUCUCUUCUUCGUCUGCCUCAUGGCUCUGAUCAGUGUCUACUACGUCUUGGGAGAAAUCCUGAACAACUACAUCUGGGAUUCCUCAAAGAGCACUCUGGAAUCAGACAAGACCAAAACUGACUGAAGACCACCACAAAUGUUACCCUGCCUCUUUUCUCUUCUUCUGAAUUCAAAUCAGUUUGACUUUGGAGUUCAAACCAAUAUUAUAUAUUUAUCUCGGUCUCCUGAGACAUUUAUCUCAUCCUCAUUACUGCCCCUUAAUUUAAAAAAAAGCACAGACUUGUAUUGGCUUGAACAUGAAAUUGAAUAAUUCAUGUUUUUAAUUAAUGGUAUGAAUGUUGCAGUAUUUCAGAGAACCUCAAGCAUUGUGUGAGCAUUGAAUGAUCUGUACUGCACACAUGCUGUAUUCGUGUGUCCAGUUUAACAAACCACAUUACAUAUAUAACUCACAUCAGGUAUUAUUUAUUUACAGAGGGAUGAUUUAUGAGGUAAUUUGUCAUUCUUUGCCCCUGUAAAACAAAUAAGCAACACCUUUAUAUACACAGUAGCAUAUGGCAAACGACAAUGAGCACAAGAUAAUUCGCUUAGAUGAGUUGUUUAUGGUGUUACUAAAGCCAUAAAAGUUUUUGAUUAAGAUGAGCAGAUAUUACCGCGAGAGAAACUGACCUUUCCCUACUUGGUAACACUUUAGAAGAAGCUCUCAUACGUUAACAUUAGCUAACACAAACUAACAAUGAACAAUAGUUUUUAAAGCAUUUAGUUAAUAAAA